AUGCGAAUUGGUAAUUAUAAGUUAGCUAAUGAUGAUCAAAAAGAAAAGAAAUCUGGAAUUAAAGAAAAGUUGCAGACCGAUAAAAUUCAUUUUGAUUUAGUUGCUAGUGAUAAAGAUUCAAUUAUUUAUUGUAAGAAAAAACAUAAUAAAUAUUCUAUUCAUAAUCAUUUAAUAGUUAAAUAUGAAGAUUAUCUACAUCUUUCAAAAGAAGAAUUUAUGAAAAAUACAAUUACAAAUUUUGAAAAAAAUCUUCAGUUUUAUUUAGCAAUUUGUCGAUGCAGUUAUGAUGAUUUAAUCGAUUUUUCUAAAUGCAUUUGGUGUAAUUUGGAUUGUUGCUCUCAGAGAAUAUUGGCUCGUUAUGAUGAGAAUUCAGAUCCAUUUGAUUAUUCUAUUACUCAAACAGUUAAUAAUAAUAAAUCAGGAAAAAAUUGA